CUUCCAUAUAUUUCAUUUUGUAGAAACAAGUGAAAAUGGCUCCAAGAGCUUUCCUUCUUCUUACUCUUGCUUUUGCUGUUGUCCUUCUCAUUACCUCUGAAGUGGCUGUAGCUACGGUGUUGGCCGAAAACACUGACAGUGAGUAUAAGGCCAGUGGACAUGGAGAACACAUCAUAGGCAGUAGAAUUGGAAGGCAUGACGAAGGUGUUAAGCCUGGUAAGGGUUCAUAUAAUCCUGGACAUAAAGGUUGCAGGCAUGGUUGUUGUACUGGUAAAUCUUACCAUAUACUCAUUGGUUUUUGGGUGAUUUGGAUUUUAAGACAUUCAGAAUGACUAUAUACGAUAGUCAUUGGAAGGGCGGCUACUGUUCGGAAAUUGAGGAUUAUUUUAUAGUAUGAGAGCCCAAUCCACAAACUACUAGUUGAAGUCAACUACUGGGGGUACCGAAACAAUUGACUCACUCCCACUUGAAAGCUUCAAGAUCACCCUCGAAAAAGACCAAGACGUGCCACAACAUAUUAGUAGCAGAGAGGAUUAUGGCGUGUUUUUGUAUUGGUUCGUGGAGGCGUUGAUCAUUGGUAAAUCAAUUUCUAUACAGGUUAAAAUCGUUCCAAGGGCUAUAGGUUAUCGGAAAAGACUAGCAGAUUUUUUUUGGGGUAUAAGCAGAUUCUUUUUGGGGUAUAAGGAUAAAGAUAGUUUGAACAUCGUAUUUGUAUUUGAACAUCGAGUUUUUGUGUUAUUUUAUGUAUUUAUUAGUUGCUGUUGAUUUAAUUGCAUUUUAUA